AUGUGGGUGGAGCUGAUUUGUGGUCUGGUAAUCUACAGAUUGGUCCGUCGCUUCUUCUACGAUGAUGAUAUUUUCGAGCUCGAAUUGUCCGAUUCCAAUGUCCUCUUCUCCGUCGCCGAAAGGCUUGAAAAGCUAUAUGGUGGUAAAGCCUACGUAGGGCUUCGGAUUCCCGACGCUGAUACAGGUUCGCGACAGAAUAUUGAUAUGGUUCUCGUCACCAAAGGUGAGGCAGUGGUGAUAUCUGUUAAUAAUAUAUCGGGAUUCGUAUCUAUCGAUAAGGACAAAAGUUGGGUUUGCACCGGCGGACAUAAGCACAAAACAAAGCAUCAUCCAGAUCCUGUGGCAGAGAUUAAACAACAAGCUGCCAUUCUUGAAGCAUAUCUUGAACAAAGGGGAGUUACACUUCCAGAAGGAUAUUUAUCUUGCAGAGUUGUAUGUCCCAACCCAAAUUUCCGGACCGUUCAUUCAAACAAUUUUCCAUCUGAGGUCAUGACUUAUGAUCAGUGGAUACAAUUGAAACCAGAGCCAAAGUACACAUUUUCUGGCUGGAUUAAGGGUGCAUUUCGUGGUGGAAAGAAGGAAAUGCAGGAAUCAAUACAUCAACAGCUUAUUUUCAUCCUCAGCACAGCUCCAGUGUGGGAUAGGCUGGUGCUUAAAGGUAACAAAUAUCUCCUAGGUGAAUUUCUGGAAUUUAAAGGGAAGCAAGAUGAUACCCAGGGGUUGAGAAAUAUCAGGAGAUCGAAAGUUGGCCGUUUAAUCAUCCAAAAGACAAGCAUGUUUGGUUUAGCUCAUUCAAAGCUCCAAGUUCUGUACUCUCCUCGAGACUACAGAAGUGACGAGGCUUCAGCUUCUGAAUGGAAGGAAGUAACUGUUAGAUCAAGUACCGAGGUGCUAUUUCAGCCACAAGAUUCUAGUAAAGUCCGCAAGUUCAAGCUUUCUUCGAUUGUGUCCAUGUCGCUGAGCGCCUGA